AUGGCAACAUUGCGGCAGGAGCAUAGUUAUGGGCUCUCUGGUGCUCAAAUCAACAAAAACACCACCAACCAAAGUUUCUACCAGAUUAAACUGACUGACAGUGCGAUCUGGAUGCUGGAAACAUAUCAGAACCUGAAGAAAGGCUCCUCCCAUAACUGUCUACAGGUCAUCAACUUUGACCUGGAAGGGGACGACAGGGACCACCUGGAGAGCAAAGGUCACAUUCAGGGCAAGAUGACCGUUUGUGCCACAGAACAGUCCUACCAGACUAUGCGGGAAUCCCUGUCUCAGAUGGAGAAAGCCAGUCGGAAACGCUCAGCAAUUGAGAUCGAGAGGAGGCCAAGAAAGUUUGGAAAGGUCCAGAGGAAGCAGAAUCUAAUGCCAGGCUCACGCAGCAGCAGCAGUAGCAAGAGGAGCCAUGUUCUCAGCCCUGUGGCACUCUGGCCCUUGAGGGAACGGCUUAUUCAUCGGCUCACUUUAAGACCACACAAAAAAUCUGAUCUUCUGCUGUGGUUGGAGAGAGAGCAAGCCGAUUUAGAGGACAUGGCUGAGCUGAUCUUGGUGUUGGAGGAGGUCAGCAAUUGGAACCCAGCUGCUGACUGCUACUGUCUGAAGCCUGAGCUCCUCACACACGUCCAGAGAGACUGGCCUGGCUACAAGAGUGAGGAAAAGCAGCUCAUUGACAGGCUCCUGAGUAGGAAACGCCCAUCACACUCAGACCUGUCCAACGAUCCUAACCCAAAAAAACAGAUGACAUCAUCCCAGCCUGUGCCUCCACAGAUGCCCUCUCAUGGAGUUGGGACUUCUAGAAACCCCCACAGCUUGGCCCUGUCCUCUGCAUACCUCCACAAAGGCCACACGGGAGAGAAAGUGACGUCUACUUUAACUUCAUCGACUCCACUCCCCGACUAUGUCAACAAAUACAGCACCAUCACAACAUUGGAGCAGCAGCAGAAAUGUGAAGAGGAGUUUGAUGCAGACUAUCAUGAAUACCAAGUUAUUCAUGACCGCAUCGCCACUGCCACAGAGAAGUUUGUGCAGAUGAGCUCUGAACUGGACACGCUGCCUCCUGGGACGGAAGCUUAUCAGCGAAUGCAGGACGAUGUACUGGAAAAGUACAGACUCUAUCAGAAAUGGUUUCCUGGAUAUCAAGAAGACAAGAAAAAAUGUAUCUUCACCAUAAACUGGCGCAUAUGA